AUGUUGCGACGAGAUAUGUAUGUCGAUGACAUAUUCACGGGUACCUCAACCAUCGAAGAAGUCAUCCAAUUGCCGGAUGAGUCCAUUGAAAUUCUUCGACUUGGUGGACUUCAUAAUUCGACACAAGAUGUGAUAGUGUAUUCCGUAAAGCCCAUUCAUAUUCAAGAAAAGGUAACCAAACGCACAAUAUUGUCCGAAAUCGCUAAAAUCUUUGAUUCGUUGGGAUUGCUCGGACCAGUCAUUGUGAUUGCCACGAUCAUCAUGCAAAAAAUUUGGCAAUUAAAAUUAAAUUGGGAUGAAUCAGUCCCUAAUAGCAUCCAUAUAGAAUGGACCAAUUACAUCUCGCAACUUUCCACGCUCAAUAAUGUAGCAUUACCUAGGAAAAUCAUUCCACUUCACGCACAACGAAUUGAGCUUCACGGAUUCUGCGACGCCAGCGAACGAGCGUAUGGAGCAUGCAUCUACGCGAGAGCAACUCAAGCAGACGAAGUCAUCUCGUGGCAGUUCAUACGGCCAUCGUCGCCCCACUUUGGCGGACUAUGGGAAUCCGCAGUUAAAGGCUUUAAGCAUCACAUGAGAAGAGUCGUAGGUGAUCAAUUGUUCACAUUCGAAGAAUUUAACACCUUCGUGAUCGAGGUUGAAGCCAUUUUGAAUUCCCGUCCAUUAACUCCUAUAUCCACAGAUCCUAAUGACAUCAUUGUCCUCACACCUGGUCAUUUUUUAAUUGGCGAUUCGUUAACGAGCAUACCCGAGUCUGACUUUAGGUCCACAGCAUCCAAUAGGCUGUCCAAUUGGCAACAUAUCCAGAAAGUCAAACAAGACUUUUGGACUCGUUGGCACAAGGAGUACCUCAACGAGUUAAACGUUCGCCACAAAUGGACCAGAGGCGAACACAACAUCAAGGAGGGCUCAAUUGUCCUCAUCAAAGAAGACAACCUUCCCCCGAUGCAGUGGGCCCUGGGAAGGGUGAUAAACGUCAAACCAGGGAAGGAUGGCAUCGUUCGAGCAGUCACAGUGAAAACUGUGACUAACGCCCUGGAUCGUUGCGUCAAGAAACUUGCCCCUCUACCUAUUGAGGGAUAG